UGGGGUGCUGCCUGGGCGCACAUAGGAGCGGCGGAGCUGUGGCACCAGCCUCGCCGAGGUCUGUCGCCACCACUGUAGCUCAGCCGCUCGAGUGGUCGGGCGACGAUGGUCUGGUGGUCCCUGGCAGCCAAGGCACAGGACCAGGAAUCAUCGUCCACGCGCUCCCCAGUCCGGAACGGGUUGUGCCGGGCCAAACUCGAGGUCUCGGCUCCGAGUUGAGCAGCAUGCGCGGAGCGGGCGACGAGAUUAUGACGGUAAUGCCAGCGGCCGCUGAUGGCCACGCUGCACCGCUCGUCCCGCCCAUCAGCUUGAACGGCGACGGCAAGGAGAGUGCGCUGCAGACGCCGACCUCGCAUGAUCAACAGUCUGCACUUUGUAAGAGUGCCAGCCAGACGGGGCUCCGGCUAAUUUCUCAGGCGUCGUCGUCGCGCAAUCUUUACGGCCUUCACCCCGUGCCGAACGAGUCUAGCGAAGAGUUUAGCCAGAUGUCGGCGCGGCGGCUCUCGAUCUCCAACUCGCACGUACGGCGGGCAUCGAUUUCGUCCAAGUCGUGCGUCUCCCUCUCGUCGACGUGCUCAGGGUCACUGGCGACUCUCGAGGCGCGGCGAAUGCGAAGGGCGGCGUCACAAAAGUACCCGCGCUCCAAGUCGGGUACCGUUGGCGAGCUGCCCUCGCUUUCGGGCACCCACACCCGAGCCAAUCUCAGUACUUCGGCCCUCCGCGAGUCAACCUCGCACCUUUCCGACUCGAUACCGGUCAUCAAGGCUCCGCCAAGGGUGUUUAACCCGUCGGGCCUCUCGCGCUCGCACUCGGCAUUGGCCACAAACCAUGACGGCCGCAGGUCGCCAGUCGUCGGCCUGGCUCGACCUCCCUCGGCUGCAAACAUGCGCAUCGCAUCCGUCGUUGAGGCUCGCAGCCCAAACCCAAACCCGCCGCCGACCGCUGCCCGCCCACCCCCGUCACCCUCGCAUGCCACGUCUUCGGGCCAACGCGCUGAGACCACUAGCGAGCAAGCGGAAAUACUGUCGUCGUCGUCGUCGUCGUCGUCGUCGUCGUCGUCGUCGGUUUCAUCGUCGUCGUCGUCGUCGGCUUCAUCGUCGUCAUCGUCGUCGUCGUUGCUCGACUCUGUCACCCCGACGACAGCCUCGCUCCACUCGCAGGAGCGAAUGUAGUGGCGGGCGUCCUUGGUACAUAAAUCGGC